AUGGUCACGCUGGGGGUGCCGAUUGGGCCGUUCAUCUUUGGGUUUGUCGCGCAGCGUGUGGGAUACAGGUGGAUAUACUGGAUUUUAGCUAUUACCAAUGCCGUCCAAUUCAUCCUCUACCUCUUCGUCGGCCCCGAGACCCGCUACAUCGGCAAAGACAUGGCGACAGGCAAAACAGCCUUCCACCGCGAAUACCUCUCCCUCCGACGCAUCGACCCCMCCCCCUUCACGCUCCGCGAAUUCUACCACCCCCUCACCCUCUUCACCAACAUCCCCGUCCUGACCGCCGCCUGCGCCUACGCAAUGGUCUUCCUCUUCGGCAGCGUCCUCAACUCCGUCGAAGUGUCCCAACUCCUGCAGUCCAAGUUUGCCCUCAACGCCCAACAACUCGGCCUCCAGUUCCUCGGGCUCAUCAUCGGCUCCCUCCUCGGCGAGCAGCUAGGCGGCCACGCCUCAGACACCUGGAUGGCCUUUCGCGCGCGCCGCAUAUCCCGCCGCCCGCCGCCCGAGUUCCGCCUCUGGCUGAGCUAUAUCGGAUUCCUGCUAACCAUCGCAGGCAUGGUUGUCUUCCUGGUGUGCACUGAGCACGCGAAGCAAGGGGUCUGGACCGUCGCGCCGGUGGUGGGGACGGGGGUCGCGGCGUUUGGGAACCAGGUUGUGACGACGGUGCUGACGACGUAUGCGGUCGAUACGUACCCGGCCGAUGCGGGGAGUACCGGGGUGUUUAUCAAUUUCGUGAGGUCCGAGUGGGGGUUUAUCGGGCCGUUUUGGUUCACGGCGAUGUUUGAGAGGGUCGGCAUUGCGAGGAGUGCGGGUGUGGUGACGGCGUUGAUUAUGGGGGUUAGUUUUGUGCCGACGGCGCUGCUGCAUUGGAGGGGGGAGAGACUUCGUCUUCGGCAGGAGUAG